AUGCAAAACGUUAAUGCUCCACGGGAGCCCGCUCCCGUGCUGAGCACCAGUUCAACAAUUCUCAAUAUGCGAGAGAAAGAGAAAUACAUUGAGGAUUUCGACUUUCCCUUUUGUGACGAGUCCUCUAAGUACGAAAAGGUAGCGAAAAUUGGACAGGGCACCUUCGGGGAGGUGUUCAAAGCGCGCGCAAGGAACAGCAACAAAAAGUUUGUCGCUAUGAAGAAAGUAUUGAUGGACAACGAAAAAGAGGGCUUCCCCAUUACGGCCCUGCGCGAAAUCAAGAUUCUUCAACUGCUGAAGCAUGACAACGUUGUCAACCUGAUAGAAAUAUGUCGGACGAAGGCGACGUUGCACAACAAAUACCGUUCGACGUUUUAUUUGGUGUUCGACUUUUGUGAGCACGAUUUGGCGGGUCUACUUUCCAAUGUGAACGUCAAAUUCAGCUUAGGCGAGAUCAAAAAGGUUAUGCAGCAACUGCUCAAUGGAUUGUACUAUAUACACAGCAAUAAGAUAUUGCACAGAGACAUGAAAGCGGCGAAUGUGUUGAUUACAAAGAACGGUGUCUUGAAACUAGCAGACUUUGGGCUGGCGCGGGCUUUCAGUGUCGCCAAAGCGGGGCAGGUGAACAAGUACACUAACAGAGUAGUCACCCUUUGGUAUAGGCCUCCGGAAUUAUUGUUGGGUGAUAGAAACUACGGGCCGCCAGUGGACAUGUGGGGUGCGGGAUGCAUUAUGGCCGAAAUGUGGACCAGAUCGCCCAUCAUGCAGGGUCCAACGGAACAGCAACAGUUGAUCCUAAUAUCGCAGCUGUGCGGCUCGUGCACGCCCGACGUGUGGCCCGGGGUUGAAAACUUGGACCUGUAUAACAAGAUGGAGUUACCCAAGGGACAGAAACGGAAGGUCAAGGAAAGGUUGAAGCCUUAUGUCAAAGAUCCCUAUGGCUGCGAUCUACUUGACAAACUGCUGCAGUUAGAUCCAGCGAAAAGGUACGACGCGGACACGGCGCUGAACCACGACUUCUUCUGGACGGACCCGAUGCCCUGCGACCUGGGCAACAUGCUGGCGCAGCACACGCAGAGCAUGUUCGAGUACCUGGCGCCGCCGCGCAGGCCCGGCCACUUGCGCCACCACCAUCACGUGGCGGGCGCGCAGCCAAAGCCCGCUCAGCCAGUCGCCGACUCGGGCUACCAGGACCGGGUGUUC